AAAUCUAUGAUUCUACAAGAAUCAGAACCAUGUCGAACUCUGAUCUAUUCCGAUAUCUUCACAAUGUUUUCAGCUAUUUUGGUCUUCGCAAAAGCGUUAAAACCAAAGGAUUUAAAGCAAUCUCAUAUCAGGCCUAUGCUUUCACAAUGAAAUUGAUAGUGAUUUUAGCUUCUUUAAGCUUCAUCUCCAACAUUUUCUACAUGAACAGGCUAUCAACUGAGGUCUUUUCUAAUUACAUAGGAGCAACUUGCACAACAACAAUCACAGCAAUCAAAAUUAUAAUUUGCGAAGUGAACAAGAUUCCAAAUCAAUUCGAUAGAGUAUUUCUGAAAGAGGGGGAAAUGCACCGUCUCAAAGGUACUCACCUGAGGAAGAUCCUGAGCACCACCUCUGAGCCAAUUCUUAGAGCCUUUUUGAUCUACAUGUCAGCUGUGAUUAUGACGAAUAUUUCUUUCAUGGGACUUUGCGGUUAUCUACGUUAUACACACACCAAACAACACAAAGAACCAUUUCAUCCAUUUGAAAUGCUGUUACCAUUCGACAGAGAUCAGUAUUAUACAAUUACCUUAGUUGUUUACGUGGUCACCGAAUCUGUGACAGCUUUCAUGGCAUACACCAUGGACAUGGCUCUGUUGGUUUUCAUCAUUUUUCAUAUUUUGAGACUGAAAUGCCUUCAGCAUGUCCUAAAGCAUUUCAAACACUAUGUUGGUAACGAUGUUUUUCAAGACACAGAUUAUCGAAAAAUAACAUACAAAGAAACUGCUUCAUUUUGGAGAAAUUGCAUAUCCGAACAUCAGGAUAUAAUAAGGUAGUUUUUAAUCUUAUUUGCUGAUUAACAUAUUCUCCGGAUUUCAGUGUUUCAUUUGCUAUAUGAAACAUUUGUCGCUCCAAAGUACCUCUACUUUAUUAACAAAUUUAUUAGCAUCAACAUAGGAAUUUCAGAAAUUCUCACACAAAAUGUUUUAAUUUGCAAGACCAAGUUUCUAUGACUUUCUGUUCUUUCCAGCGACGUUGAGAUGUUAGACAAACAAAUGAGCCAACUUUUCUUCAUUGAUUUUUUUCUGAGAACCAUUCAAAUGGCAGGAUUCUGCUUGGGAGGUAUAAGGGCUCAAGAAUUUAUGAAAAAGUUUUUCGGAUUCGGCUGCUUGAUGUGCAGUUCUUCUCAACUUACAAUACUAUAUUGGUAUGGGGAAGUACUAAGCACUGAGAGUGUUGGGAUCUCUGAUGCAAUAUACGAAAGUGAAUGGUAUGACGCUGACACAGAAAUACGUAAAACGAUGUUGAUAAUGAUGAGAAGGUCUCAGAGAUGCUUGGUACUGACUGUUGGAAAAUUUGAAAAGGUGGCUCUGAAAACUGUGCUAAGGAUUCUGAAAUCAAUUUACACCUGCAUGAGCAUACUUAUACAACGACAAUGAAAGCAAGACUUGGUUACAUUUUUGAUGAUAUAUUAUAUUACAACAAAACCUCUCAUUAAAAUUCUAGAACACUCUUAGAAGCAUUCAA